UCCCAUUGCAACUGCAUGAAGAGAUUUAUAAUCCAAAAUCAUGGAGAAAAUUCUACUCUUACUUCUUCUUCUUGUGAGUGGAUCAGAAGUGAUGGCCUACAGAGCUAUGGAUGGAAAAGUGUUCCUGUUUCCUGAACAGACAGCCUAUUCUUAUGUGCGACUGAUGCCUCAAAGGAAUGGUCGUUUGGAUGCUUUUACAGUUUGUCUGAGAUUCUACACUACUUUGACCCGCUAUUAUUCCUUGUUCUCAUUGUCGACACGCUACAAAUGUAAUGAUUUGCUCCUCUUCGGUUAUCCUAACCCACCCAGAAUUUCACUUAGUGUAGGUAACCGAGACCUCUACUUUGAUAUAGAAAAAGAACAAGGCAUUGAAUGGAGAAGUAUCUGUGUGAGCUGGCAAUCCUCCACUGGUGUGGUGGUGUUGUGGAUCAAUGGAAAGCCAUAUCCAAGGAAGGUCUUCCAAAAAGGCUACAGGAUUAAUGCAAGACCAAUAAUUAUGAUUGGACAAGAUCAAGACUCGUAUGGGGGAAGGUUUGAUGCUGGACAAUCCUUUGUUGGAGAGAUUGCUGAUGUCUAUAUGUGGGACAGGGUACUAAGCAAUCAAUGUAUUAGUGAUUUUUUUAACAGGAAAAGGAUAAAUGGAAAUGUGAUUAGCUGGAGAUCCUUAGGGUGGUAUGCUUAUGGAAAAGUCAAUCGCCUGCAAAAUCUUUGUCCAGUUAAUUAUUAUGGUUCUGAUAUACACAAGUGAUACAUUUCUCUAUUUAAACACAUUCACUUAAAGGGAUAUAAAACAGUCUGUUUUAUUUUUGUAAUAAAAAAAAGAACAAAGCAAUGGGUAAUGCUCAAUAGAAAUCAUUGCAAAAUGUAUUACUCAUUAUUUUAAAAUAAUUUUCUUUUCUUAAGCUUCAUUUGUGUAGGGUCCAAAGGGGGACCCCUUUUUAAAUGGUUGCUAGGAGACAAAUGCACUAGCUUCAGUCAAUUUAUUUUCCAUGCCCUUAAAUGCGCAAGUCAGUUUCUUGGCUAUACUGUAAAAAUCAUGUGACAGGAUGAAAGAAAGGCAAAAACUACUUAUGUACAAAUAUCACCUCUUCUUAAAGGCAAUUCAAUGUAUGUACUACUACUGAAAAUUAUUGUCCAUUUUUAUUUUAUUUUCUGAUAUGUGCUACCAUUAUUAUUAACAGUAUUAGUCAUUAACUUGGUAAAAAACUACUAAUGUACAAAUACCACCUCUACCUAAAGGGAAUUUAAAUUA